GGGCAAACCCACUAACCCUGGCCACAAUGGCGGCUCCUCCAAUUGUUAAUCAAAAACAAUGCAUACCACUGUUUUGCCCAACCCCACGGCCAUGACUGAUACUUUGGCCUAAUCACACUUUUUCGGCGCUAAGGAAUUGUGCAUGACUUGGGAUUAUCGCGCCUAUCUCAAUAUUACAGACAUGGGCUGCAGACAACCCGGUCCGGCCCUUUUCCCCAGCUAGACUUCCCACACCCCUACACCCUUCUUCUCUUCUUCUGUGGCUCUUAUUCACCGCAUUCAUGCACAUCCAGUCCGUCGAAUCUGCCUUGGCUGACCUGGCGUCAAGGUCACUGCUUGACGGCCCUUCAUCGUGUCAUUGCGGCGGAAACUCCCCUCCAAUUGUCAUAUGGCUCGGUUUAUCGAGAUCGCCAUCAGCCACAGUCUAUGCCUGUUCCUGACCUCAACUAUCAGUAGAAAUGCUACUGAGUCACCAGCACUUAUAUAGAUCAUAUUUACCCUCUCUUCUUUCGUGUUCCGAAUCAAAUACAGAGUUUUCAAAUCCGCAAGCUACUCAUUCAGCAGGUAGAAGUCUAACGAGCGUGAGGACAGCACAACUGUGUUUUGGCGCCAUACCUCCCUCUUUCGCUUCAGUCUUCCUGUAUUAUUUCGUUGAUCUUCCGUUCUCUUUACUGUUGUGUUUCGUUACUUGACCAAACAAGAUUUUAUAUCUUAAUCAUGGAGCAGGCUCCUACAUCGUUUUCUUCGCCCUCGCCCUUCGUUCGAUCGCCACCGGAUAAUCACAUAAGGCUGGAAGAAACCUCCGCUUAUUCGUCGCCUAUGUGCUCUGUCUCUAGCUAUCCGAGCAACUCGCAGUCGACCACUGGCUUAGGAAUCUCCCAUUGUGAGAUGGAAGGCCCAUCCAGUCAGCUAAGGCUGUUUCCACCCGACACAUACCCAUCGCCGGUAACCGAAUGGCCGAAUCAGAUGAUGCAUUCCGGAUCCCUUCUCGAGACGACGCUGGACGUUAGUCAUUUCUCUCCAGGUCCAUGCUACGAGCCAUUUGGUAGCCACUCUGAUGUUUCUGUCUCGCCCCUUACCUAUUACAGCCCGCAGACUCUGAACGCCCCAUCUAGCUACUGCCCUGCUAUGGAUUUCGCCGGAAAUUGUAGCACCUUGAGUGCCUCAUCCUCUCGCUUUUGGCCGAAUACCCCCCAAUCCGACGCUGCUAUCGCCGAGAUCCAGCCCCCAGUGAAGGAAGAACCUGACGACACUUGGGAGCAACACCUUUUGACUAAGGUCAGUGACUCUGCAGGAACCGGCUCGGCACCACAAAUGCCUCACAUAGCGAGCAACGAUGCUUAUUCCAAAUCUCGACGCUCUGCUGAUAACGGUAAUGGUACUUUGGUCGAAUUAAAUCCAAAUGUGGGACGCCAAGGGGAUGACAGCCAAAAGCCUACUUCAAGGAAUGUGCCCGUUGUAGUCUUUCAAUUUACAAAAAGUGAUAGCGAACUCCCUGAUGAGCGGUGCAAGAUACUAUCUGCAAGUGGCCUUGAAUGCACGAUAUGCGGUAUCCGGUUCACUCGACGCUCUAACUGUCGCGAACAUAUAAAGAGGCAUGAUCCAAGCCUUAGAAAGUCGUACAACUGCGAGUUUUGCGAUAGGCCAUUCGGAAGAAAGGCUGACCUUCGGCGACAUGUAACUAGUAUUCAUCAUGGAAUUCGAAAAUUCGGUUGUGAGGAUUGUGGCCAGCGGUUCAGCCGACAAGAUACACUUUCGAGGCACAAGGCAGAUGGUUGUCACCGAAGACCACGAGCUACGGAUAUCUCCAGGAAGGUGGAAGCUAUUCAAGCAGCUCAGCACCCCUCUGGACCCCCUUCCAAAGAGCCCCGCUGCAGAAACAAACGACGACAGUCUGUACCGAAGUAAUAGCUGCAUGCCUGGCAUAGUGAUCGAGAGCAAUCAAGAUAUAUAGUGAGCCAUUACUGCGUUGAUCGCGGAUAUGGUAGUUACGGUUAUACGCAUGGCUUUGCAGGUCAGCAAUGAGUGAUGUACAUUUGUCUGGAACAUAAUGAAUGCUCUUGAGGAUGAGGUGGCUAUCUGCUUUGUUUCAUGAAAUUGUUUUGCAUGACAAUGAUUUUGGUGAAUGCUGUUCGAGUUUGGAAUUUUGGUUAUCAUCUCUUUUCUCUCCUUUUUUUCCCCCUUUUUUAUCUUUCCCCCUUUGGUGUUUUUAGAGCAAGUACAGCAUCAGGGGCCUAUAGAAACGAGCAUCAUCGCAUGGCUGGCCCAUGCUUGAACAUAUGAAUUUGAACAUGUUAUUCAAAA